AUGUUGCUGGGGAUCCUCAGCGAGCUAGAAUCAGGAACCAAAGACCUACAAGCUGAAGACGUAACCAUUUUGGACGCACGCAAUCUCUUUGUUGAGACGAUCCUGCUUUACCCGGAUGCGGACAAGCGUUUGCGCCCAAACGCCGAGAUUGUGUUGAGUGCAGUUGAGCGGGAAGGCGUUUGUGGAUUGCAGAUAAACUACCCGGCCGCGCAGGCACCAAGCGGCAAGCCUUUGAACCUGUCUGAACAAGCAAAAAACGAAAGAAGACAAGUCACGAGGAGUUCAAUCCACCUGGACGAGAAAUGGUUCAAUGCCGACAAAGACUGCCGAAAGGUUUACCUUGUUGGUGAUGAGGUCGUCAAGCAGCGCCCGUGCAAGUCCAAGCGGUUCAUAUCGAAGAUUAUGUUUCUCGGUGCUGUGGCACGUCCGCGCGAAGCUGUUGGAUUCGACGGGAAGAUUGGCAUGUGGCGGUUUGUGUCGCAAGUCGGCGGGGCCCGGAGCACAUGGACUGCAGGGACUACUUCCCCCACAGCAGGGGCGAGCAAAACGAUAUCGACAUCAUCGGCAAGUCUUGCCAAGCGAAAACUCGUGAAACAUCUGUACGGCUCAGUGGACAUGGCGUUUGAGAAAGUCGGGAGCUACUUUGAGCUCCUGAAGGCGCGCAAUCCAGGAUACUGCUUGCGCUAUAUUGUUGCCAACAUCAACACGGCGCAAGGACGGCCCCUGUCCAGUACUGAAGAAGGCUUGGCGUUCAAGUUAGCUCGAUCCGACAGCCAUGAAACGUUUGCACGGCACAUGGAAAAACUACGAGCGCUAAACCCUGAUGCUGCCGACUAUUUGUUGACAAUCCAUGUCGAACAUGGGGUGACAUACGCGUUUACGCGGUCGACGUUUGUCAAUGUCACAUCCAACAUGAGCGAGUUUGCCAACCAGUGGUUGGGGACUGAGCUCCGCAGUUCGGAUGCUAAGCAACAGUGCGAAGUGGCCUGA